GCAGGGGCGGGCCCCGGGCGGUUGGUUGGAGCGACGCCGCCGCCGAGGGGGUCCGGGAAAGUUUCUUUGGAGGUGCGGCCGGGAGCGGCCAUGUCCCACGGCCCCAAACAGCCCGGCGCGGCCGCCGCGCCGGCGGGGGGCAAGGUGCCGGGCCAGCAUGGGGGCUUCGUGGUGGCAGUCAAGCAAGAGCGUGGCGAGGGCCCGCGUGCCGGCGAGAAGAGUUCCCACGAGGAGGAGCCGGUGAAGAAGCGAGGCUGGCCCAAGGGCAAGAAGCGGAAGAAGAUUCUGCCGAAUGGGCCCAAAGCUCCAGUCACGGGCUACGUGCGCUUCCUGAACGAGCGGCGGGAGCAGAUCCGCACGCGCCACCCGGACCUGCCCUUCCCGGAGAUCACCAAGAUGCUGGGCGCCGAGUGGAGCAAGCUGCAACCAGCAGAGAAGCAGCGGUACCUGGACGAGGCGGAGCGGGAGAAGCAGCAGUAUAUCAAGGAGCUGCGAGCAUAUCAGCAGUCGGAAGCCUACAAGAUGUGCGCGGAGAAGAUCCAGGAGAAGAAAGUCAAGAAAGAGGAUUCGGGCUCCGGGCUCAUGAACACCUUCUUGAAUGGACACAAGGGUGGAGACUGUGACGGCUUCUCCACCUUCGAUGUCCCCAUCUUCACUGAAGAGUUCUUGGACCAAAAUAAAGCGCGGGAGGCGGAGCUGCGGCGUCUGCGGAAGAUGAACGUGGCCUUCGAGGAGCAGAACGCCGUGCUGCAGCGGCACACGCAGAGUAUGAGCAGCGCGCGGGAGCGCCUGGAGCAGGAGCUGGCUCUGGAGGAGCGGCGGACGCUGGCGCUGCAGCAGCAGCUCCAGGCCGUGCGCCAGGCGCUCACCGCCAGCUUCGCGUCACUGCCAGUGCCGGGCACGGGCGAGACCCCCACCCUCAGUACCUUGGACUUCUACAUGGCCCGGCUCCAUGGCGCCAUCGAGCGUGACCCUGGGCAGCACGAGAAGCUCAUCGUCCGCAUCAAGGAGAUCCUGGCCCAGGUCGCCAGUGAGCACCUCUGAAAGUGUCGGCGCCCCUGCACCCGCAGGAGGUCGGCUCUGCUCGCGGACCCCCACCCGUGGAUGAGGGGCUGGGGUCUCCUCGGGGGUCCAGCGCCCCUAAAGCUUCUACAGCAUCCAUCAGCUUCGAUUGUCCGCAGCCACUGAACCAGAAACCUAACCCGUGGCGCGUGACCUCCAGAAGGCCCUGGAGGUCCGGACCCCACACUACAGGCCGUGGGGACGCGACACUGCACGCGUGUCCCUCCCACCCCUGCACCCACACGCACCCGCAGCCGUGCCCACGCCUGGUGUGUGGACAGUGCGGGUAUCCGGGCGCAUUGGCCUCCCCUCUGGCGCUUGUGUGCCCCAGGUAAGGCCAGCUGCAGGGACACCUCCGCAGUGGGGUCCCUCCUCGGCUCUCAGCUGUGAGACCCUGGUCGAGAAGACCCCCUUUUCCACUGCACAAUCUGGACUUUUAAAAUAAAUUUUACAGUUUUCAGUUUCAAA